UCAGAUAACACAGUUCAAAAGAAAGUCAAAACAAUAAACAAAAAUAUAAUGAAUGAUGAUAAGAAUAUACACAAUUUAAAAUGGAUUUAAAGAGAAUGUUGAAACAAAAAAUCGACAAACACAAAGAAAAUCGAAAACCCGAUAAAGAAUACCAAGAAGUCGAGGACACCGAAUUCAAAAAGUACCUGAAAGAAUGGAUAAAAAAAGACAACUCGGUUCAAAAAGGCAUACCGAAAUUCUUCAACAAAAUACCUAAGGAAACCGACCCCCUUAGAAUGAAACUACGUGAAGCCGGCCGAUCGAAUUUACUGAAACGGAAAAACCUGCAGCUAUUAGAUAACAACGAAUUACAGGAACUCUGGGUGCUCCUCGACCAGAACCAGAGUUGCCCCGACGAGCAAUUGAUAAACUACGCCGAUUUCUUGAAGGUGUCCGAUUUGGCGGGCCCCAAAGUAAAGCCCUACUUCACCUCCAUGAUGUUCGCCAAACUACACCAAGGCGACCCGCAAGGAAGGGUCUCCAUCAUGUCCUUAUUCAACUACGUCAUGCGGAAAGUAUGGUUGGACCAAACGAGAAUAGGACUGUCUUUAUACGACGCCACCGGGCAGGGAUAUUUAACGGAAUCCGACCUGGAGAAUUACAUAACCGAGCUACUACCCACCCUGCCUCAGCUCGAAGGCUUGGAGAAAUCCUUCCACAGCUUCUACGUAUGCACAGCAGUGAGGAAAUUUUUAUUUUUCUUAGACGUCGUGCGAGCCGGAAGAGUGAGAAUCCUCGACAUCCUGGCCUGCUCGUUCCUCGACGACCUGCUGGAGCUGCGCGACGAAGAACUGAGCAAGGAACUGCAGGAGCAGAACUGGUUCAGCGCCCCGUCCGCUCUGAAGAUAUACGGCCACUAUUUGAACCUGGAUCGCGAUCACAACGGGAUGCUGAGCAAAUCGGAGCUGGCCGGCUACGGAUCGGGCACCCUUACGGAACCGUUCUUGGAUAGGGUGUUCCAGACUUGUUUGACGUACGGCGGGGAGAUGGAUUACAAGACUUACUUGGAUUUGGUGUUGGCUUUGGAGAAUCGCAGCGAGCCGCAGGCCUUGGCUUAUCUGUUCCGGAUAUUGGAUAUUCAGCAAUGCGGAUAUCUGGAUUCUUUUACGUUGAAUUACUUCUUUAGGGCAAUUCAGGAUCAAAUGAAGGCCCAUGGGGCUGAGCCGGUGUCUUUUCAAGACGUUAAAGAUGAAUUGUUCGAUAUGGUGAGGCCGAAACAUCCGAAAAAAAUUACCCUGCCGGAUUUAUUGGCUUGCGGACAGGGAGAGACGUUCGUUAGUAUUUUAAUAGAGUUUCAUGGAUUUUGGGCGUACGAAAAUCGAGAGGCUGUGUCGUCUGAACCUUCGCAGGAUUAAUUUUUUAUUACUUUAAUUGUGAAAAG